CCGGAUCACGAAUCGGGUCAACAAUACCGUGUCAUUUGACUCUCCUCCGUCUCUCUCUUUCCCUCGUCUCCUUCUUCUAUUCGUCUUCCCAUCGCAGUUACUCAUCGGUAAACGCAGCGGAGGAGCUAGACUAUUCUCUCUAUUUCUCUGUGUCAUACCGGUGUGGAAGCGAAUUUUAUUUUAUUUUUAUUAAUCUGAUCUGUAUCAAACAUGGACGAAGAGGCAGCAAAACCUAGAGACUCCACCGUGAAUCAGCAGCAACAACAAUACUAUUACGGAACGUUUCAAGGCGUUGCAAAUUAUCCUACUCCGAGUCCGCCUCCGCAAUAUCUACCGCCGUCGCAGCAUCCGAUUGCUACGUAUCCUGGACAUGCUUAUCAGAAUUUCCAAGGUCCUCCUGGUGGUGGUUUUGUGAAUUAUGCUCAAGGUUUCCCAGUUGUUCCUGAUUAUACAGUGGUUGAGGUGAGACAGAUGAUGAGAGAGCAUGACCUUCCUUGUUGUGGCUUGGGCAUGGGAUGGUUUCUGUUUAUCAUGGGUUUUUUGUUCGGUGGGAUCCCGUGGUACCUCGGUGCUUUUAUUAUUCUUGUCACAUCUGUUGAUCACCGCGAGAAGGCUGGUUACGUUGCCUGUUCAAUCGCAGGCGUUGUCUAUAUGAUUGCCGUCAUGCUCGGGAUGACUGGGGAUGUUAACAUCUGGUGAAGAAGCUACUCCCUUUAACCGAACUCAAUCCUAUAUUUCACGAAAAUGUAGAUAUAUCAAAUAUCAUUAUACCAGUUAUUUGAACAUCUAGUGGUUUACUGAAGGAAGCAUUGUGUAACGCUGUGUUUGAACUUUUAUGUUUAUCAAAAAUGUAUAUGUUGUUGAUUCCCUUGGUGACAUCGCUAUGUAAUAUAUUCUGUGUUCUUCUUUGACGAUUGCAAGUUGCUACAAUUCAAAGUUCCCAUGAAACUCGUA